AUGCAUCGAACAUACUCUAUGCGCCAAUCGCGCGCUCCUACAGCUUCUCAGAUUGAGAACCCUCCCCCUCCGCCAUCUUCCACCAAAAGUGGGCGCCUGUUCGGCCGAGGCAACUUUGGACAUGCUUUCCGAAAGGGCACCGCCGGCGCGUUUGGGCCAGAUCUAGCCAAGAAGCUUUCCCAGCUCGUCAAGAUGGAGAAGAACGUCAUGCGCAGCAUGGAACUUGUGGGUCGGGAACGAAUGGAAGUUGCUCAACAACUCUCUAUCUGGGGUGAAGGCUGCGACGAGGAUGUCAGUGAUGUGACGGACAAGCUCGGUGUUUUGAUCUAUGAGAUUGGCGAACUGGAGGAUCAGUUCGUGGACCGCUACGAUCAAUACCGCGUUACCAUCAAGUCGAUCCGAAACAUCGAGGCCUCGGUCCAGCCGUCGCGAGACCGCAAGCAGAAGAUCACGGACCAGAUUGCGCAGCUCAAAUACAAAGAACCCAAUAGCCCUCGUAUUGUUGUCCUCGAGCAGGAACUUGUCCGGGCCGAGGCCGAAUCGCUGGUCGCCGAAGCGCAGCUCUCCAACAUCACCCGCGAGAAGCUCAAGGCUGCUUUCAAUUACCAAUUUGAUGCGAUCCGCGAACACUGCGAAAAGGUUGCCAUCAUUGCUGGCUACGGAAAGCAUCUGUUGACUCUCAUCGACGACACUCCAGUCACGCCCGGCGAAACUCGUAACGCAUAUGACGGAUAUGAGGCUUCGAAGGCCAUCAUCCAGGAUUGCGAGGAUGCCUUGACCAACUGGGUGUCAUCGACAGCACAGGUCAGCGCGAAGCUCUCCACGCGAUCACGCACUCUCAGCCAGAGAAGGAAAGCCAAGGGCGAGGGAGUUGAUCUGGCCAGCCAGGAUCCCCCCAUGAAGAACGAUCGCGACGGCUGGGUUCCCGCGGGCCAACACGGCGAGUAUGAGCAGGAGGAAGAAGAGGAGGAGGAAGAGGAAGAAGAAGAAAGACCGCAGCAGACCAAUGGUGAGUUCUUGAGAGCGGUGCUUCCAUGCGCCGGCCCUUACCAACAACUUGGACAUAAGACCCAAGGUGCUAACUCGGAGUUCACAACAGGUCAACAUGCCGUUGCCGCUUAG